GUCUCUUAGAGUCAACGGUUAUUCGUGAGUAUUUUUAUAUUCGUCGAAAGGAUAUCCUGAAUUUUGAAAAUAUGGCAACUAUCGUAAGAGUUAAAAGGCGGAGAGAUGAAAAACCAGCAGACUCUUUAGUCUUUAGUCGUAAAAGAGCUAGACUGGAAAAUGGCGUAGCUUCUAAAUCCGAAGAGGGUAUAAAAGAUCAAGAACAAGUGUUUAAAUUUGCCGGGACUGUUCAACCUGAGGAUAAGGUCGUACCGCAUGUUAAAUCGGCCAUUAAAAAAGAUAAAUUACAACGAGAAUAUAAAAGACAUGAGUUGGGCGAUUUUAAGGAAGAUAAUAGAGAUAUUAAGCAAUCGUCAAGCAAGUCCGGACGUUACAAAAUCGUCUCGGAAAAAAGAGCAAUCGAAUUAGAUAGCUUGGACGGUGAACUUGAAACUGAAAAAAAAAAUCUAGACAACAAGUAUACUCUUCUCGAUAUAACCACCGACGAUAAGAAAGAAACUGAGGAAAAACUCGGAUGUAACGGCGAAGAGAUGAUUCGAACCCAGUCAGAUUUGGAAUACGUUUACGAUGUCUACUAUUAUAAUAAAGGAGAUUUUGGAGAUCCUCGAAUAGAUGAAAUAUUGGAUAUCAGACCUGUAUUUAACGAUGUAAUUUUAAAUCAAUAUAGGUGCGGUGACGAUAGCGAUGAUCAAGCUUAUGAAGAUGAUGACGACAGCAAUGACGAAGGAAACUAUCGUAACGACUAUCCUGACGAGGAUCCUCAUUAUAUUGAUCCUGAAAAUUUUGAUGACGAUGUAGAAGAUGACGAUUAUACGAAAUACGUGCAGAGUUACUACGACGAAAGUGAAAUAACUCAGGCAAUGAAGGAAUGGACUAUAGAAGCUAGUCCUGAUCACUCAGACGUUAGUGAUGACGAUAGAGGAGGAAAAGUGUCAUAUGAAGAUUAUAAAUCUCGAGUUAUGAAAGAACUCGGAAUGGAUAGCUAAACCUGCUAUUUCAGCAACCUUAGAAUAAAAACUUGCGCUAUUGUUGUGUGAUGCAUGCAAAAACAAAGAGAAACAUUGGCUCCAUUAUCAUCUUUUUAACACGCUAUAUACAAGUAUAUAUAAUUUCGAUCUCAGAGGAGCUUUUUGCCUAGCUGCUUGCCAACCGUUUCAGUAGUUCUAAUAUCUCAUAAAAAAAAACUUUUGUACUGAGGAGAAAGAUGAAUUUAUCAAAUCUUAAUGAAUUUCCCCCGGAAGCUGGACCACCACAACCUCCACCGCAAAGUUCUCAGAAUAUGAAAGACAUUGUCAUUGGUGUUUCAACAGCUUCAGCACUAAUCUUAAUAAUUGGUUUAAUUGGUAAUACACUAAGUUUUAUUGUUUUCAGUAGAAAUUCAAUGGCAGAUUCGACCACAUCUGUUUAUUUAAGAUUUUUGGCUGUUGUCGAUUCGUUAAGUUUAAUAUUUAAUUGUAUCUUUAUGACUUUGAAGUUUUAUGUUGGCUUUGUGGAAUUAUCUCAACCAUUUUUAAAAUACUUUGUAUGUGCAUUCAUUUUCCAUGGUAGCUUGUCAUUUAGUGAGGGGAGUUCUUGGCUAAUUGUUGCCAUGACAAUUGAUAGAAGUAUCUAUAUAUUCCUACCAACAAAAUCUAAACUAAUAUGUACAAAAUCUAGAUCAUCAAUUGUAUGCAUUUCUAUAAUAUGCAUAUUUGUGAUUUUCUUUCAUCCUUACUAUUACAUAACUGGGCAGGUUGACGUAAUGAGAAAUCCGAAAAAUAAAUGGGAAACUGGUUUAUUCUGUAGUGGAAUUUCAGAAUCGGCUAGAAUAUUCUUAUACGAUGUUUUAAUACCUUUCGACGCUCUUAUAUCGACAAAGAAGAGACAUGAUUU